AUGCACCCUUCACAAGGAAAUGAUUCAAAGUAUUCUUUAGGACAGAAUGUAUUGCACACCGUAGAUCCUUUUUCCGUUAUACGUCGAAGUAGUGUUUUGAUCAUUUAUUUAUUAUUUCUUAAUGAUGAGGAUGAUGCAACUUUAACGAGAUUAGGGUGUGGAACUUUUCAUCCAUCAUUUACAAAACCUUUAUUUAAUUACCCAGGUUUUAUUAAAUCUUUAAAUCAAUUUCAAGUACAACAGCAUGUCAGGAAAUAUUUAGAAAAUUUAAUAAGCCCAUUCUAUGAUUUUAAUAAUACAGAGCUAUUGGUUCUCUUUAACACAAUUUGUGAAUUGAUAUUUAAAUUGGUUAUAAGUAAUGACGUUUCUUUAAACAGUUUAUAUUUAAACAUUUGUUAUGAUCCUAAUCUUAGGAUUUCCAAUGAAAUAUGUAAGAAACCAAAAUUCCUUUCAGACAUCAAAUAUUUUACACUAGAUUUUAAUCAUGACGACGAGAUUCCUCAUUUGCCGAAACCUUCUUUCCAAAACUUUUUUGAGUACUUACCAACAGCGAUAACUUCAAACAAGCAUUUUACAAUUUAUUUUAGUUUGGAAGAGAAUAUAUCUAAGAGGAAUCUAGAAUAUUUGAUUCAAUCACAAACGCAACUUUUAUCCCUUACACUUCAUUCUAUAACAACAAAAGUAACUUACAUAUUGAACGCUUUGAAGUAUUGUUCUAAUACUUUAACUUCAAUUAAGUUUAACAAUUGUGAUUUUACAAACAUGUCAUCAUUGAAUGGACUUAACUCCCUUGCACACCUUGAAUCACUUCAUUUCAAAUAUUGCGAGGGGAUAACAGUUCAGGUUUUUCGUCCCUUACUUGACAUUCCUACUCCACUUAAAAUUAAAACUUUAAAAAUAGUUAGUCAAAUAGAGGAAAUUACUCUUAUUCAAUUAUUAUUUCAAAAAAUUGGUUCUUUCCUGGAAAAUUUAGAAAUAAAUCUUUGGAAAGAUACUGAAAGAAACAACGUAUAUGAAAGUAUUAUCAAUUAUUGUGAAAAAAUUCAAUUUCUCCAUUUAUUAGAGAUUGAUCAUGUGGACAUUCCUCAGUUGAUUAAAUUAAUAAUUCACGUUCGCAAACAUCUCAAAUACCUUUCCCUUCAAGUCAAGAAUAAUAGACGUUCAUGUAUUAGUUAUAGGAUCUCGAAAAUUUACGUUAAUGAACCAUUAAGAGUUAGUUCCAUGAUCUUGGAAAAUUUGGGUCAAAUCUUACCAGAUACUUUGAAAUAUUUAGAAUUAAGACUUGAAAUUGAUCCAAUCAACUUGAAAAUCUUUUUGAAUAAUUGCAAACAUAUUGUUGGAUUAAGCAGGUUACUGGUUAUGAAUAAAAACCUUAAUGAUAAUAAGGAUGCUUUUAAAGUCUUGAAAGAAUUUGUAAGGGAGAAAAAGGUGAUGAAUUUUGCAUAUCUUGUUAAUCAUAAUCUUUUUAUUCGUGAAGAUGAGUAUAAAAUAUAUUCUUCUCAAAAGCUUUAUAGUGAUUUGAUUAUGAGAGUUUCGUAUUUUGAAAAUGUUUAA